CUGACCUUUAUUAUGCGCGGACAUUUAAACAUUAUGUAACGAGCGACUAUAUUCUCGCUCGAAUCAUUUCGAGGUAUCGAAUGAACGAUACGAUAUGAUUAAAGUUACGAUUUAAAUAACCUAAAAUAAGUGUCAUUAUAAAACAUUUUAUAAUACUCUUAACAUUUUCUCAUAAUAAAUAAAAUAGAGUUUUCACAUAAAGGAAAUAGCAUGACUAAUUCUAAAGUAUUUCUGUUGAACUUUUAAGUUUAUUUCAAUAUCGUAUUUCUUUUAGCAACAUAAAAGAUUAAAAGAGAAAUGUCGUAAAUCAGUACAAAUAAAUAAGAGAAAAUAUAUUCACAUAUUUCCUCUUAUUUCAAUUCUAAAAUGUAAUCCUAGAACGUCAUAAAAACCACUUGAAAAAAUGUGAUCCUUUCCAUAAAAAAAAAAGGGACACUAAACACAUGUUGACCAGACACGGACUUUUAUUACCUUCAAUAGAAAAGUCGCGUACGGGCUAAACAAUAAACGAAAGUCUACAACGGAAAUGCUUUGUAUUAGAAAGCAAUAAAUAAUUAAAUAAUUGUUUAUGCACAUGUUUUAGUAUAUUUACACAUUUGUAUGUAAGCGUUAUUAAUAUUGUUAAUUAAUUAAUAAUUGACUAUCAGAAUAUUAUAAUUUAAUAUUGUUAUAAUUAUAUUAUAAUAAUAUAAUUAUGGAUUAACCAUAUAAUGUUGUGAUGAUUAAUGUUUAUUAUAUUUUAAUAAAUAGUAUGUUGUAUGAUGGGAGAGAAUAAGUAUAAUCUCUCUUAUGUAUGUGUGAACGUAUAAGUAACACUUAAGAACUAUGUGAUAAGUGUUAGUGAAGUGAUACACGUAUAGGAGUAGCGAAUACGCUCCAUAGUGAAGCAUGCGCACAAACUCAAAAUGGACCAAAAGCGGAGAGCGACUCCGCUGGACCAAAAACUCUCUAAGUUAGUUCUAAUCUUGACUCUGACUUGAAAGGUUGUUUUCUAAACUCCUUAGUCAGCUUUGUAAAUAUUAUAUUAAUAAAUUUACAGGGUUUUACCUUCGAAGGAAGAACUAAUAAUUAUUCUUCCUUGAACGGGUUUCCCUUCCGUUGUAUCGGAAAUUAAUAAUCUUUUAUUUAAACCUUCCCGCUUCCUUCUUAAAGGAUUUAACUAAAGAGAAUCCGGCCAAUCAUAUUACAUUUUUAGAGUUGCGUAAUAAAAGGUAACUCGGCUCGUAACAUAAAUUGGGGGCUCGUUACCGGCCUUUAGUGCGGGAAUUUGAAUAAGUGACAGUUUUAUGACCUAAAACUACAAACAUUAUUUGAAAACAAAAAAUUCAAAGUGACAGUUUUAUAACAUAAAAUUAUAAAUUUUAUUUGAAUAAAAACUUUUAUUCAAAGUGAAUAAUAAACUAAAAGUGGAAAAGAAAAUAUAAUCUUUUGAGUUCCUGAAGUUCCUGAAUAAAUAAAUGUUCCUGAUUUCCUGGCGAGCAGUAUAAGUUCCUGAAUAAAUAAAUGUUCCUGAUUUCCUGGCGAGCAGUAUAAGUUCCUGAAUAAAUAAAUGUUGCUGAUUUCCUGAAGAGCAGUAUAAGUUCCUGAGAUCCUGUGUUCCUGAAAGCUGUAACCUGCUGUUCAACUGCUAAUAGUGUUGUGUUGUGCGGUAGUGAAUCCUCAUAGAGGAAUAAAGGGUCAUUUCCGAAAAUUUUAUUGAAAUCUUAUUUAAAUUCAGUGUAGUGAAAUAGAAUAUCUACAAAAGGUUUGUUUAGAUAUUAGCUAUAUGAAUGACUGCUAAAUUGUAAAAGAUUUUUCCUUGAUGAUUAAUUUAUUUCAUUUAAGAUUAAAUUUAAAUAUUAUUCUAAUAUUGAAAUUUGCGAAUGUUUUGAAUAAAUUAAUUGGAAUAAUUAAUUAUUUUGAAUAGUUUUGAAAUUAAUUAUUGGAAUUGUUUUGCUUUAUUUUAAUAAAUUAAAAUGUCUGAAAGUCAACAAGGAAAUAAUCUUCAUCCCCAUAUGGAAGAUAUGGAGGAAGAAUAUGCGAAUGAUGAAAUGAAUGAUGAAUUACAAUACGAUGAUAUUGUAAAUUAUGAAAACCAUUUGAAUACCUAUGAUUACCAACAAUCUCAAGGAUUAAUGAAUCGCAUUAAUCCAAAUGAUCUUUUGCAAAUAGCUGAUAUAGUAGGUCAGCAUUUACAAAAUAAAAGAAAUUUAAAUCCUUCGGAAUCAUCAACGUCAAAAUCGCACCCUCCUUCUAUUGCGGAAAUAAAUUCAGAAAGGUCGGGUCAAUUUAUUAAUAAUAAUAUUUCAUCCUUGAAAAAUUUUGUUGAAUUGAUACCAGAAUUUGAUGGAGAAAAUAUUCCGGUUCAAAAAUUUAUUCAAGAAUGUUCGUAUUUGGUAGAAAAUACAAGUUCUCAAAUGCAACCUUUUCUUUUAAAAUUCGUAUUAAAGAAAAUUACGGGCAAGGCUGCAGAGUUUAUUUUACACUCUCAAGUUGAUACACUUGGAGAACUUUUAGUAGAACUAGAAAAAUCAUUUUCUUUUUCAGAUGAUUAUGGAACGAUUUUAGGUGAAAUCACCAAUUUGCAACAAGGUGAUAACGAAUCGGUAAUCGACUACGCGGCAAAAGCACGUAAAUUACUUUUUAAGCUGUCUCAGCUUUCGCGAAAAGAUAUUUCACAUCAAUAUUUACAAUUAAAAUUAACUGAAAAUGAUAAACUAAUAACAAAAUAUUUUACUCAAGGACUUCUUCCUAAUAUUGAAUUUCGCGUUAACCUACGUCUUCCGAUUAAUCUUCAAGAAGCAAUAACGAUUGCAUUAGAACAAGAAAAAUAUGUUUCCAAUGUACGUAAACGUAGCGCUCCUUCAAACGAAAUAGAAAUAAAUAAUUCUAAUCGCGAAGCAAAAAAAUCGAAAACGGUUAAUAAAAUUGAUAAUAAUCGUAAAAACAAAUAUUGUUUUACUUGCGGGAAAAUUGGACAUAAUUCGCGGAAUUGCCCAGAUCGCGCGGAACCAGAAUCAUCCGACAAUGAUCAAUCAGAAAACAAUGAUGAAGAUGAUAAUAACGAGAAAAACGGUAACGGAAAUUCAUCGAAAAGUAACGAUCCUAAACCGGAAUGCGAUUUUUGUAAACAGAGAGGUCACUCUACUGAAAAUUGCUUUGUAAGAAUAUUAAAAAGUUUAGAAUCAAGAUCCGUAUGCGCGAUUUCAAAUUCUCAAAUUAUAUAAAACGAAAAAUCAAAAUUAAAGGUUACUCCGAUGGCGUCAUCGUUUGAGUAAAUAUAAUCACGAAAUAGAGUAAAUUAAAUUAAUUUUUGUGCUGAUUCGUUGUAGUGUGAUCCUUGUGAAAUGUGUGAGAAAUUCUGCGAGGUAUCACUAAUUACAUAACAUUAAAAUGACGAUAUUUAUCCUAAACCUCUGAACAAGGUGAACUGUACACCUGUUCAUCCACAAAAUUCCUUGGACGAUUUUGAAAGAGUUUACUUAAUUGAGGCAGUUUUUCUAGACAUUCACUGGGGUAACGGUGAUAGCGAAUCAGAAAAAAUUAAACAAAGUCAUUUGUAAUGGACAUUUCCAGACCACAAGCAUGGAGAUUAUCGAGGAUAAUCAAAUUACUUGCGAUGUGAGAUUGAUAAUCUGCGAAAUCGUAAAUUGCGAUAUGAUUAUUAAUAUGAGAUCGUAAGGUGGACUGCAGCCACGAAAUUGUAAAUAGAACCGAAUGGUUUGUGCACCAAUUUCAACCAUGCUGGAUAUUGAGAUCCUUGUAGUGGGGGGAGAGUGAUAGCUGAUCAACUAUACCUUGCUCAGAAAAUUGUAUAACUAUUGUUUCAUUAAUUCUACUUUUCUUACAAUAAAAUUUUUUUGUAAUUAAUCAAUAAAUUUUGACAAUCUGUA